GUAUAUCCAGAAGUAAAUCAUUGUUUUUGUGCAUAUCACCUAUCGAGGAAUAUUAUUACAAACUACAAAGAAAACCUCGAGGUUGUGAAAGGAGCUUUCUUUGCUGCAGCAUAUGCUUACACAAAUAAUGAAUUUACUCAUCAUAUGGAUAUAACGGAAAAGGCAAACAAAAAAGUGGAGGAAUAUUUGAAUUCAAUAGGAGUUGAUAAAUGGUCUCGUGUUACCGUUCUUGGUUACGACUUCAAAUGCCGCACUACUACGAAGUCUGCACAAGAUCUUCCAAUCACACUAUUGUUGGAGAGUGUUCGUGGAAUGCAACAAGAUUGGAAUGUGAAAAACCGAAAAGAAGCUCAAAGCACGUUUACUAAGCUGGCAAAAUUGGGUCAGAAGAAACUCGAAGGAUAUUACAAAGCUUCUAUGAAACUUACUAUAAGAAAAGUACAACAACCAAGUGAAGAUAUUUUCAAAGUGAAGAAUGGGACUCAAAUAUUCAUUGUGAAUAUGAAAGAAAGGACUUGUUCAUGUAACAAGUUUCAGAUGGAAGAACUUUCUUGUGAAAGUGUCAUCAAAGGGAAACAAGAAGAGCUGGAAGAUUAUUGUUUUGAUUUCUACUUCACAAGCACAUUGUUAGCUACAUAUAGUACAGCUGUAUUUCUAGUUGAUUAUGAGAUGAAGAAUGAUGCUUAUGAAGGUAAAAAUGAAAUAUCAAUAUUUCCCUCGAAAGAAAUUACACUAACUGGAAGGAGGAAAAAGAAAAGAUUUUAUCCGGCUGGGAGCGCGGAAGCAAGAAACCACGUCAAGGACGUACAUGAUGAUGGAAACAUA